AGAGGGAAAGAAAAAGGGGGGGGAAACGGUAGAAAAGUGUGUCGCAUGCUGCGCAGACUGAGACGGAACGGCUGACGCACUGACGACAAAAACAGAUCCCCUAACCCCAGACACUUUAUAUACCAACACACACACACACACACACACACACACACACACACACACACACACACACACACACACACACACACACACACAGGGGGGCUCUCACAAUGUGAUGAAAGGAAAUGCCAUAAGGACAGGGUCUGUCUGGUUGGUUUGUGAGGAUGGGGGAGCCAUGACAUGGAGGUGUGUGCCAGGGGACACUGGAGACAGCUCGGCUGUGAGGUUCUUCUUCUGAAAAUGUUUCUGACAAGAUCGGAGUAUGACAGAGGGGUGAAUACAUUCUCUCCUGAAGGAAGAUUGUUCCAGGUUGAAUAUGCUAUCGAGGCUAUUAAGCUUGGUUCCACAGCCAUAGGCAUCCAGACGUCAGAGGGAGUUUGUCUUGCCGUGGAGAAGAGGAUCACCUCUCCUCUUAUGGAGCCCAGCAGCAUUGAGAAGAUUGUGGAAAUUGACAGUCACAUUGGUUGUGCGAUGAGUGGCCUGAUAGCUGAUGCCAAGACUCUAAUCGAUAAAGCACGGGUGGAAACACAAAACCAUUGGUUCACCUACAAUGAAACGAUGACCGUCGAGAGUGUAACUCAGGCUGUGUCCAACCUGGCUCUUCAGUUUGGAGAGGAAGAUGCAGACCCUGGUGCCAUGAGUCGGCCCUUUGGUGUAGCACUCCUUUUUGGGGGACUGGAUGAGAAAGGACCCCAGCUUUACCACAUGGACCCAUCAGGCACCUUUGUGCAGUGUGACGCCCGGGCCAUUGGCUCAGCCUCUGAGGGAGCCCAGAGCUCCCUACAAGAGGUCUAUCACAAGUCCAUGACAUUAAAAGAUGCCAUCAAGUCAUCUCUCACCAUCCUGAAGCAGGUGAUGGAGGAGAAGCUCAACGCCACCAACAUUGAGCUGGCCACAAUAGAGCCAGGGAAGACCUUCCACAUGUAUUCCAAAGAGGAGCUGGAGGAUGUGAUCAAGGACAUCUAAAGCAGAGGAGGACUUGAAGUCACUUUUUGAGGUCUAGAGUGGAAAGGGGAGUCAACGAGGGGUGAAAGGAACAACACAACACACCCACAUCUUUCCAAUGGCACUCUCUCCCUCUGGCUGCAUUCAGAGGUCCCUGGUUUGGAUAGAGGCUUCUCUUUGCAUUGUGUUUAUUUACUUGUUUCUCAAUACUGCAGAUUUCUACAUUUCUGUACAGAAGUCAGAUCCGUGCUUAAAACUAAGCAACAGCAACAUAUGGGGGGAGGGGGUAAUUUUUGUUACGAAUCAGUGCUGCAAAUAAACUGUUAUAUUCUAAAGAUGAUUUGAAUUAAUGUAUUC